GGCGCCGUGGUCACGUGGCCCAGGGUGUUUCCUUCGGGCUGGCUACAUUGUCGCCGCGAAGCUUCCGUCGCCGCCUCGGCCGCGGCCUCCGCUCUCGCCCCUUUCCCGCCGCCGGCCGAGAGGGAGAGAGAGAAGCGGGGGCGGGAAAAGACCCCUGGCCGGCUCCCCGGAGCUUUGUGGAGGCGUCGAGCGGGGGCUCCGGGCCUUGGGAGCCGCUGCUGCGUGGCUUGUGCCAGGCCUCUGGGCCCCUCCCUGGCCCGCCAUGGGAGACCCCCUGCCCCAGAUGGCCUCUGCGCUGCCUGCGACCACCAUGGAAGAUAUUCUUCCUUUGCUUUUCCCACCGAGCUGGAGCCUUCAUGAACCCACCCCCAGCAGCAAUCCCAUGGUGGAAAUAAUCGAGCAGCCCAAACAGCGGGGGAUGCGCUUCCGUUACCAGUGCGAGGGCCGCCUGGCCGGCUCCAUCCCGGGGGAACGCAGCACCGACACCACCAAGACCCACCCCACCAUCAAGAUUCACAACUACCAGGGUCCGGGGAAGGUCCGCAUCUCCCUGGUGACCAAAGAAGCCCCCCAUCGGCCUCACCCCCACGACCUGGUGGGCAAGGACUGCAAAGAAGGCUACUACGAAGCCGAAUUGUCUCCAGAGCGCUCCAUUCACAGCUUCCAGAACCUGGGAAUCCAGUGCGUGCGGAAACGGGAUCUGGAAAAGGCCGUGGCCAAGCGGAUCGAAACCGGGAACAACCCGUACAACGUACCGAUGGAGGCGCUCAAAGGAGAUUACGACCUGAAUGCGGUUCGACUCUGUUUCCAGGUCUGGAUCCGGGAUACGAACACGGGGCACUUGAUUCAGCUGCCCCUGGUGUUCUCCCAACCGAUCUACGACAAUCGUGCGCCCAAUACAGCCGAGCUGAAAAUUUGCCGCGUCAACCGCAAUUCAGGGACCUGCCUGGGGGGAGAUGAAAUCUUCCUCCUCUGUGACAAAGUGCAGAAAGAGGACAUCGAAGUCCGCUUUUUCAAGGAUUCCUGGGAAGCAAAAGGGUCCUUCUCGCAGGCCGAUGUACACCGCCAGGUGGCCAUUGUCUUCAAGACGCCACCCUACGCGGAUCAGACAAUCCGUGAACCCGUGACGGUUCAGAUGCAGCUGCACCGCCCCUCCGACAAAGAAGUCAGUGGCUCCAUGGAAUUCCGUUACCUCCCGGAUGAAGGCGAUUUCCAUCGAAUCGAGGAGAAGCGCAAACGAACCCUGGGCACUUUUAAAACCUUCGUACAGAAAACACCUUUUGCAGUAGGGACCACGGAAGCACAAUCUCCACGCCGCAUGGCCGUACCAAAACACGGAGCACCCCGGCCUACCACCAGCACCGUGCCAGGGUUUUUGGGAGCAUCCAGCCACUCGCCCAUGCGCCCAAUUCAGAAGCCGCAAGUCAUGGCUCAGCCUUCUGCCGGCUUCUUCGUUGGCUCCAGCCACCCCACCCCGCUGCCUCCCAUGGCCACUGCCGCUGCCUCCAACUUCAGCACUGUGAACAUGGAGGAUCUGUCGUGCCUGGGCGUCUCCUCACAGGCCCCAACUUCCUCCAUGGACACCGAAAACAGCAUCGCCGAUGCCUUCCUGCAACUCCACUUUGAAGGCGGGGAUCCCUUGGUGGGCCUUUUGGAAGACACCACCUACAACAGCCUGGAUAGCAUCAACACCACCGAGUUCCGGCAGCUGCUCAACGAAGGCCCGGGCCCCGCGCCGCUGCCAGGGGACACCCAGGGGACUCUGAUGACCUACCCGGAAUCCAUCACUCGCUUGGUCAGCCAGCGGAGGGCGGGAGGGGAGUCCGGCGGCAAUGGGGACGGUGGGGGGACCGCCCAUUCGACCAACAACAGCUUCCUCAACGGCCUUUUGGGGACCUUUACCGAGGACAGCUUUUCGUCCAUGGGUGACCUGGAUUUGAACUCGCUUCUCAACUCGUAAAAGGAUUCCGGGCGGUCCGUUGGUCCGAGACUCGCGGCUCGCUCUUCAGGCCUAUGCGUGCUUCCAGCUAUAUUUGGGGAACGUGGUGGGGUGGGCCAGACUUCAAAACAGGGGUGAGGGGUGGGCUUGGCUACUGCAAAUUGGAGGGGACGUUUCAUGCCCCCCCCAAGAAAAACCACAUGCUGCCUCUUCAGGGAGCUGACAGUAUGAACAUAAGGGAGUGUGACAUGCCUUUGUGUGUUUUUCCCCCUUCCAAUUUAGCAGAGGCUUUGCUAUCAAAAUGCAUUUCUCCAUUUUUUUUAAAGCCUCAGAUUUCCCAGAGUUCCAUUUUUCAAUACUGUUAAGUUUAGAAACUUAAACCUUUUCCCUACUCAGGUGGCCCAAGUUGCCCCACUUUAAAAAAAAAAAAGAAUUGCAGGAUUUCCUUGCCUUUAAUAAGGCGGCCAUCAGCUACAGGUAGACCUUGAUUUACGACAGCUCACUUAGUGACCAAAGUUACAACAGCACUAAAAAAAAGUGACAGGAUGUUUUUCCCCCCACCUUUACAAUAGUUGUGACAGGGUCACAUGACUAAAAUUCAGACGCUUGCCAACUGACUUGUCUUUACGACGGUGCCAGGGUCACACGAUCCCCUUUUGCAACCUUCUGACCAGUGACGUCAAGAGACAGAUUGAUUUAACAACUGUGUUACUAUCUUAAAACAACUGCAGGGAUUCACUCAAAACAGCUGUCGCCAGAAAGGCCGUAAAAAUGAACGUCCGUUUCACUUAACAACAGAAGUUUGGGGCUCAAUUGUGGUCAUAACUCAAGAAUUACCAAUAUCGGACUGAAGAAAUGCCCGUUGACGUUUCUGGCAAGGCCCAAACUUUUUAUCCAAGUGCCUUUUGUAUAAACUUGUGCCUUAUUAAAUGCGGUCACAGCUUUUCUGACUUGCCAGGUUUAAAAUGCUGGAAUCUUCUCCCCCCCCUCCCCCCC